AGCAACUGAUUAGAUAAAUAUAUAAAGUUUUUAUUUUAUUUUAUACAUAUUAGUGCUUUUAAAAACUUAAUUGGAUCUCUAAAACUAGAUAAAGUAAAAAAUUGUAUAAAAUACUUAUUAAAUAAUUUAUAAUUAUUUAUUAUACAGUGUUUUGAAUCUACCGGUGCAACACUUGUAGGCAAAUUUGGACAAUUAAUCUUCACAUUUAUAAAGUAAGAUAGUUUGAUUCAAACUGUUUGAACCACUGACCCACACAUACACCCAUCCCCACAACAUGCCGUAUCUGUUGACUCCUGAGAAUGUGCCGGUAGUUAUCAUACCCGAUGAGCUGAGACACUCGGAACGGGUCGAGCGUCUCAUUAAGCGUUAUAAUGACAAGUUUGAAUCGAAACCGAUGUUUUUGGUGCGAGUGCCCGGUCGGGUCAACAUUAUUGGUGAACACAUCGACUACGUGGGCUAUUCAGUGUUUCCGAUGGCCCUCAAACAGGACAUCAUAAUGGCCGUAUCGGUGAACAAUACGCCCAACAUUGAGCUAACCAAUUUGGAGGCCAACGAGUACGGCGACAUAACAUUGGAUCCGACAAACCUGGAGUUUGUACAACCGCCUCAAUGGUACCACUAUUUCCAGUGCGGCUAUCGUGGAGUUGUCGACCGAUUCUGUAAUGGCCAGCCACCGCUCGGCCUAAAUGUUGCCGUUCACGGCACGAUACCACCCGGUUCAGGAUUGUCCAGUUCGUCGGCGAUGGUGUGCGCCUCAGCUUUCGCCACAAUUAUGGCGUUUCACCAAAAAACCAAUUUGUUGUCAGUACCCAUCAAUAAGCUAGAAAUCACUCAAUUGUGCAUUAAAUCUGAACGAUAUAUUGGCACCGACUCCGGUGGAAUGGAUCAGGCGAUUGCCAUAUUGGCUCAAGAGGGCAGUGCCAAGUAUAUCGAGUUCAUACCGGAGCUGACGGCCGUCAACGUACAGUUGCCGACUGGUGUCAACUUUUAUAUAUCACAUUGUGGCGUAUCCAUGAAUAAGGCAGCGACCGCUUACUAUAAUACUAGAGUAGCUGAAACACGACUGGCCGCUGCUGUGAUCGCCAAAAAACUUAAUAUAUCGGGCUAUAGAUUGGGUGAUCAGCUCUGGGUUGUACAACAGGCCAGUGCUAUACCGCUCAGUCAAAUGGGUGAUAAACUUAAAGAGAUCUUUGAUAUGAAUAAGGAGUCGUACUCUAAGUCAGAUUUAGUGACAAUUUUAGGUAUCGAUGAGGAAGAGCUGGACAGAGUGUUUUUGUCUCGUGUGUCCGAACCGAUCGAUUCAUUCAAACUAUACCAAAGAGCACUGCAUGUCUACGAAGAGGCCGCUCGGGUACAUGAAUACCGCAAAGAGUGUGAGACCAGUGCCGACACUCACCGUUUGGGUCAACUAAUGAACGAAUCGCACCGAAGCUGUCGCGAUCUCUACGAGUGCUCGCAUCCGGCGCUCGAUAAACUGGUCACUCACGCCCUGUCCUAUGGUGCCAUCGGUUCACGACUAACCGGUGCCGGUUGGGGCGGUUGUAUCGUUAGUCUAGUCCCAGUAGAAAAGUCAACAGAGUUUGAGUCAAUGAUGAGUAAACACUCGAAAUUUAACUGUAAGAGUGGGCCCUCCAGUGGAGCUGUUAUAUACAAAUUAUUUUAAUUUUGUUUUUUUUUUAGUUUUUUUAAACCAUAUCUUUUCAGCGAUUUAUUUAAUAAUUAAUUUUCCAAUAAUUAAUUAUUAUUAUAAAUAAGCACUGAUUACG